UACAAACAUAAUAAUUUAUUUAUUCAAAAUCAGUCGAAUGUUUAAUCGUUCUUUUUAAUAAUAAUUAAUAGGCUUGUUCUAUUGGAGUUUUUUGAUUAGAGCAAAAAGACCGUCAUGCAAGUGGAAAACCACAAUACUCCUAGUUUGGAACCUUGUUCAAACGUUGAUUGUUAUCCACAAACGGCAGUCGUGGAAUCCGAUAUAUUCAACCAUAUUUGUUGUGAUCAAAGAGUAUUCUACAAAAGUCAACAAAUCAACGAUCCCGAACUUACAAACGAAGAAAAGUUGCAAAUACUCAAACAGGUCCUGGACAAAAACCACACAACGUUCUUGGCCCGGUUUGGUAAUUUCAUCAAAGAGGAUCAUCUACGGUACUUCGAACAAGAGCCACAGACCAGUUGUUACAGCCCAGACGAGCGGUAUGAGGUGAACUACUAUUUGGAUAAGAUUCGAAGGUUCCAUCACGGCGGCAGAGAGCAGGAAGUGCGCAACAGGAGAUUUGCCGCAUUGAAGCAGCUGGUCCAGGAUGGAAACUACUUCAGCGAAACGGAAAUGAUGCAGCGAGAACCGUUGCUGUAUGAUCAACUUGUGGGACAGUACUUGACAGAGCAGGAGAAAAAAGUGCGCGAUGCUGCCAUGGCGAAGCAGGACAGUUUAGUUGCGAUACUGUUCAGUGGAAUUGAUAAGGAUAACGCUGAAUUGCUGAAGAAAGAGCAAGAAGUUGAAGAACGGCAGCAAGAUUUGGCAGACGAGAAUGAAGAAAGCUGUAAAGAAAAACCCCCAGACUCACCUGAGUUUUCCAGAGCUCAGUGGGGAAACUUUGAUUUGGAAGAAGAAGAACGGCAGCAGAAUGUUCAACGAGAAUUGGAAACGAAAAGACGAAAUAAGAGAUUUUGUAUUCCGGUGAACCAGGUGACGGCAGGAGAGAGAAAUUUAUUGAAAGAUGAAUUCUUGGGGACGAUGUAUUCCAAGUUUAUAUCCGGAGAGGAUAAGCAGUUUGAUUAUUCGACCGUUGACGAAAGUAUGGAAUAUGACAAUUUGGACAUUCUGGAACAAGAUGAACAGGAACGUUAUUUUGACACGGAAGAAUCUGAGGGUGAUCUAGAGAAUGAGUCAUUGGAGAAGCAAAUCGACGACAUGCAACAAGACGAGGAUGAUGAGGAAGACGAUUUAGAAAUCUAUAUGAGACACUUGAAUCAACAUUUGGAGAACCAGAAAAAUUUGCAACAAAUUAACAAUCAAAUGAGGUUUAUCAAUUGUGAACAAGAUACCGAAGAUGAUGAAUAAAGCACUUUUCAUCAUUGUUAAAUUUAUUUUUAGUGUAUAAA